CCUUUUCACAUUAUUUUCACAAUGGACACCGAUAUUGAAGAUAUUGUUGCUGGUAUGCCAGGGGCCUCUCGGGAGACUCUGCGCAAGAUGCUAGCACUGCUGCGACAGGAUGCAAAGCUGACGCCUUUUACGAAAAUGACAUGGAAUCAGUUGCAGAGUCCGGAGGGACUGAAUCUGGAUGUGGCCAAUGUGGAGGCCGCUGCUCAACGCAGAAUCCCUUCUUUGCAAGUCCCACCGUUUGUGGGUUCGGUGCACCCGACAGAGCACCUUACUCGGCAACUUGAUAGGUUAGACCGCGUUUGGAGCCUUAAUUCAGAGGCAGCAUGUCGAACCAUUGUUGAUGCUAUCCUUGGGGAGGCUGUUGACACCUUUUACCAUGGGAUCAUGGUAGAUGAACGGCCUCAGGAGGAUGCUAUGAAGGUGGGCCGGCCUCUAGGAAGAUUGCGGGUCUUUUUAGAGGUUGAUUUAGAGUGGAGGGGCCCCAACAAAGGGGCGACUGGCAUUGUUGAUUAUCUGCUGGGCCACGGGGGUGGCGAUGACGUGGAUGACGUUAAAAAAGAUUCUUUUUUAAUUGCUGUGGAAGCAAAAAAGGAAUGGCCUAAUUCUGCUAUUCCUCAAGCCAUUGCUGGAGGUGGCACUCUACUCCGCUACAGGCAAAAAUACGGCCGGUCGGGACCUGUCUUUGUCAUCCUGACAAAUGCCACUCUUUGGAAUUUUUAUUGCAUCGAUGAUGCGGGGGUAGUGUAUGGCUCAGGACCUGACAUUGUGUACAGUAAGGAGACUCUCCCUACUAUCUUACGCUGGUUGAGAUGGUUUAUAAUGGGUGCAGCCGUCACCUCCCCCCGUGCAUCGACGGUGAAUAUGACAGAGGAAGAAAAGGCGCUUGUGGUGACCAGUCUGAGUACAAGUUGUCUUAAGUUGUGGCAGGAAGGGAAGAGUGUGAUGUAAAUAGUGUGUGUAGCCUAUUAUGGGCAACAAUGUGCAGUCUGUGGCCAAUUAUGAUAAUGUAUUACUGCUUUCUUCCACACGUAUUCCAUUGCGUUCCGGCAUCUUGUUAUGCGUCAAUGAAGGACAUCAAUUAAACAUUUGCUUAAAUAUUUGAAUUUUAUCUGAAA